CGGGGUUUCAUAUUUUCAUUAGAUAUUUCCUUCCAUAUACAACUAAAACAAUUUCUUCUUACAUGCCACUUUGCUUUAUUUUCUAACUUCUUAAUACAUUCAUUUUUCACUACAAAUGGAAGAGGUUGGAAGCAUACUUCACUUUAUCCAAGACAAGACCAUCUUGAUUGUUGGUGCCACUGGUUUUCUUGCCAAAAUAUUUUUGGAGAAGGUAUUGAGAGUUCAACCAAAUGUUAAAAAACUUUUUCUUCUUUUAAGAGCAUCUGAUGAUAAAUCUGCAGCUUGUCGUUUGCAAAAUGAGAUAUUAGCGAAGGACUUGUUUAAUUUGCUAAAGGACAAAAUGGGUGCAAAUUUUGAGUCUUUUAUUUCGGAAAAGUUGACUCUGGUGCCUGGGGAUAUCUCUUGUGAAGACUUGGGUUUGAAGAAUUCCAUUUUAAGGGAUGAUAUUUUGUGUCAAACAGAUGUUAUCAUUAAUUUGGCUGCAACUACCAACUUUGAUGAAAGGUAUGAUAUAGCAUUGGGUCUAAAUACAUUUGGAGUAAAGCAUAUCAUAAACUUUGCGAAACAAUGUAACAAACUCAAAGUGCUUGUCCAUAUAUCAACAGCUUAUGUAUGUGGUGAAAAAAGUGGACUCAUACUAGAGAGCCCCUAUCUAUUUGGUGAAACACUAAAUGGUGUGUCUGGAUUAGACAUCAAUGCUGAAAAGAAAUUAGUAACUGAAAAAUUGGAUGAGCUACAAGAGAUGGGAGCCACGGAACGUGAAAUUAAAUUGGCCAUGAAGGACCUAGGUAUUAAAAGGGCAAAUGUUUAUGGAUGGCCAAACACAUAUGUGUUUACGAAGGCAGUGGGGGAGAUGCUUGUGGAACAAUUAAGAGGAAACUUAUCUGUUGUUAUUUUGCGUCCUACAAUUGUUACAAGUACAUUCAAAGAACCUUUUCCUGGUUGGUCCGAAGGAAUCAGAACCAUUGACAGUUUAGCUGUUGCUUAUGGGAAAGGAAAACUAUCAUGUUUCCUUGGAGAUGUCGAAUGUGUUGUUGAUAUAAUACCAGCUGAUAUGGUAGUUAAUGCAAUAUUAGUGGCUAUGGUAGCUCAUGCAAAUCAACCUAGUGAUAUUUUAUAUCAUGUAGGUUCCUCUGUUUUAAAUCCAAUUAGAUACCUUAAUCUCCAAGAAUAUGGAUUUAGAUAUUUCAAGGCAAAACCAUGGAUAAACAAAGAUGGAUCCAUAGUUAAAGUUGGCAGUGUAACCAUGUUACCUGACAUGGCUAGCUUCAAGAGAUAUAUGUUCAUUCGCUACCUUCUUCCGUUACAGGGACUGAAAUUGGCCAAUGUAGUAUUUUGCCAAUAUUUUCAAAAAACUUAUCUUGAACUCAAUAGAAAUAUUCAGAUUGUGAUGCGUUUGGUGGAACUUUACAGACCUUACGUAUUCUUCAAGGGAAUAUUUGAUGAUAUGAAUACAGAGAAAUUGCGGAGAGCAGUAAGAGAAAGUGGAACAGAGAGAGAUUUGUUUUACUUUGAUCCCAAAGUGAUUGAUUGGGAAGAUUACUUUUUGAACAUCCAUGUCCCUGGUAUCGUCAAGUACAUUUUCAAGUGAAACAAACGUUUCAUUAUAAAUUCAUAUUUGUUAUAAAGAUACUACAAUACAUUGUGGUAUUCUAUAUUUCAUUAUUAUCUGCUCAAUCAAAGGUUGUGUAAUUCAUAUUAGCUAGCUACCAAAUAAAAUUAAUAACUUUUAAUAAGUUUGUGUUAUCAAAUACAAUAUUAUCAUGUAUUAAUAUUUGCUUUCUAUUACAAUUGAUAGUCUCUAUUUAUUUCA